UGUACAAGGGAGGGCCUUUCUUUAGAACCAGCUCUCGUUUUUUGGCGGCACUUCUGACUGACUGAUUUCCUGACUGCUUACUUACUUUCUUUUCCCCGGGACUGUGAGACCUUGUGCACACUAAUAUUUCUCGCUUCUGUGGGUUAUCGCUGGAAUACAAAUUAUUGGAGUUUGCAGAAGAUGGUCGGUUGUUUUUGUUCAUGCUAAUCCCUGGAAAAUGCAGUUUGGCGAAUGAGAGGCUUCCAGUCGCAGAAGAGAAUGAUGUACAGGAUCACUUUACCAGACCAGUUGCCAGGUUGCUGAAACGUGCCUUUUUUUCCGAAGCUAACGCUGCUUGGAUUUCUGUCUAGUGCUGCCUCUGUUUUUCUUUUUUUCUCCUUUUUUUUUCUUUCUCUUUGCCGUUGCUUGCAGACCAAACCCUGACGGCAACUUACUUUUAAUUCAAAUACAACACUUUGAAACGAAAGUCAACACACUUUCAUUAAUAGUCACGUCUGUGCCCGAUUGUAACAAUAUUUUAUUCAUCUGAACUAAAAAAAAAAAAAAAAGAAACACGACAGUUUGUUUGAAGAACUGAAUUUCUGCCAAUUGCUGAUGCAUUUUCACAACCAUAAUUGGAACCAUUAAGUGGAGAGCACAGAAUUAUUUUAAAAGACUGCAUAUUCUAACCCCCACCGAUUUCACAAGUGGCACAAAAAGCCAACACAUUCAAACUUUGACAUUUGCACUUUUUUAAGAGCUGGCCUCGAAUUAGAUUUAUUUUUAUUUUCAAUUUAUCUGAUAAAACAUCUAUUUUAUGGUUGGAUUUUUAUGUUUUAUUCUUGUCUCAACAACAGAUACAAAUUGACUUAAAAAAAAAAACAACAAAAAAACCUUAAGUGCUGACAAUUUUUUUUUUACCAAAGUGACAAAAUAGUUAUUUUAUUCAUUUAAACUUGAAUUCCACGAUUCCUUGUCCCACUUAUUUUAAGAAGAAAACGAUUGUAGUAAGAAAUAAAGUGUUCUCUUAGGCUUGGGCAACCUAUCUUUUAAUAUGGCCGUCAACGUCUCAUUGGUGCGUGACACAAAAUGGUUGACAUUGGAAGUAUGUCGGGAAUUCCAGAGAGGCACUUGUUCAAGGUCUGAUGCAGAGUGUAGGUUUGCUCAUCCAUCACGGAGUUGUCACGUGGAAAAUGGGAGAGUUAUUGCCUGUUUUGACUCACUGAAGGGUCGGUGUACGAGAGAAAACUGUAAAUAUCUGCACCCUCCUCCGCACUUAAAAACUCAGCUAGAAAUCAAUGGACGGAAUAACCUUAUACAGCAGAAGACCGCGGCUGCUAUGCUCGCACAGCAGAUGCAGUUCAUGCUCCCCGGCACUCAGCUACAGCCAAUUUAUCUGGCCUGGCACGGCCGAGACAUGGUCCUAGGGAAUAGGAGGGACGCAUCUCCUGCUUGCUGGGACGGGGGAUCCCCUAUACCUUUUGAAGUUCAGCAUUCCUUUGCACACCACAAAUCUUGUUUCUUUCCGCAGACCCCUUUCCCUGUGACCCAAUCCCUUGCAACAAGCCCAUCAAUGGCUUUUAGCCCAUACCUGAGUCAUGUCUCUCCAGGAAUGGGUCUGGUUCCUGCAGAGCUUUUACCAAAUACCCCUGUCCUGGUUUCUGGAAAUCCGGCUGUUACAGUACCUGGCUCUGCUGGUCAGAAACUGGUGCGCACAGACAAACUGGAGGUUUGCAGAGAAUUUCAGCGUGGGAACUGCACCCGUGGUGAAAAUGACUGCCGCUAUGCGCACCCGAUAGACAUCAACAUGAUCGACACCAACGAAAACACUGUAACAGUUUGCAUGGAUUACAUCAAAGGGCGAUGCUCUAGGGAGAAAUGCAAGUACUUUCACCCCCCUGCACACCUGCAAGCCAAAAUAAAGGCAGCUCAGCACCAGGUGAACCAAACAGCAGCAGCUGCUAUGACUCAGCCAGCUGUUACAUCACUGAAGCGAUCCCUCAGCACCACCCUUGACCUGGCACUGCAGCCUGGAGCACUUCAACCUUUACCAAAGAGGCCAGCACUUGAAAAAAGCAAUGGGGCCACCACGGUGUUUAACCCCAAUGUUUUCCACUACCAACAGGCUCUAGCAAAUAUGCAGUUACAGCAACCUGCAUUUAUCCCGACAAUAGACCAUGUUGAAAUUUUGAACAGCAGAAUUGUGGAGUACCAGAAUUUAUCCGUGGGAAGUUACACAUUGCCUUUCUGUAAAUACCCAUUUAUGGCAUCCUCCACCAACUCGACAGUAAGCCUGCUGCAGUCUACAUAUUAACCAAAAAGAGAAAAUUAUGGGAAUGUCUGAAAACAGCACUAUGAAAAAAAAAAAAAAAAAAAAGAAAACCAUUAAAAAACAACAUCACUCUCUCAAAGCAGUUAUACACUUAGGAUACUAUACUAGACUUUUGUAACACAUUUACGUUUAACUCAUGUAAUCAUUCUGUGUGUACCAUGAUAGAUGUGUACACAAUGCAGAUGCUUGUUUUACUGCAUAAUAUUGAUGGUUCACAAUUUUAAAGUGUUAUCUUAACUUUUGUUUACAUUGUAGUCAAUUUUAUUUUUAUGUGUGUACCAUUAUCAUAAGUAUACUCAAGACCAUCUUUUCCAUUGUGACUUAUUACCUGGAUUGUUGUUUUGUCAUAUUCUUAGUAUUAUGCCAAACAGGGACAAAGUGGUUCUCAAAUUAGGUCUAAGUAUACCUUAGGGACUUAUCAGAACAUUAUCUAUGAUAAAUGAGAUUUUAGAAUGUUUUCUGAAAUUUAAAACACCAAAUUUUAUCUCCUUAAAUGAAAGAAAAAAGAAAAUAGAAUUUGUAAAAAAAAAUUACAGAAUUAUCCAGUACAAUGAACUGUUGCACUUUCCAAAGUCAGGAACAAGAGAAGCUCAUUAUAGACACAGUUGCAACAGCACCUCCACUAGUAAAGUUCAUGGGAAAUAUUGCAGCCUCUAAGAGCAUUGUGUGUUAUGGUAAUUUUAGGAUAAGACUCUCCAGCCUUUGCAAUAAAGGGUUCACCACGUUGAGAUGAA